CGUUUGCUGGUGUGUGGAUACUGUUGGGGGCAUAGAAAAUAAUCUCUUUGACUGAAUGGAUUUUUUCCUACGCGUUCAGAUUUGUACGCACCUCCCCAAGCAAGAAGGCCGAGAAGAUGUGAACGACGAAAAGCAUGCCGGACGCCCGAGCUCUUCAACAACAGACGAAAAAAUUGAUGAAGUGAAGAAAAUGGCAUUUGCUGAAGGCCUAGACAUAUCGAUUGGCUCGUGCCAUUCGAUUUUUUUCAAUGAUUUGGGCAUGAGACGGGUUGCCGCAAAAUUCGUACCAAAACUGCGCAAUUUCGACCAAAAGCAGCAUAGCAUGAACAUUGCUAAUGAGAUGUUGGACUUUGUCCGAGAUGACCCAAAUUUGCUCCAGACGGUCAUAACUGAUGACGAAUCGUGGGUUUAUGGUUAUGACGUGGAAACCAAAGCUCAAUCAUCUCAAUGGAAGCUGCCGUACGAACCAAGACCAAAAAAAGAGCGCCAAGUUCGGUCGAAUGUAAAAGUUUUGCUUACUGUUUUCUUCGAUUGCAGGGGCGCUGUGCAUCAUGAGUUCUUGCCACAGGGUAAAACGGUCAAUAAGGAAUAUUACCUGCAAGUUAUGUCCAAUUUGCGCAAAGCAAUCCGCCAGAAACGCCCGGAUUUGUGGAAGAACAAAAAUUGGCUCUUGCGUCACGAUAAGGCCCCUGCUUGUGCGCGACUUUUUGGCCAAAAACAACACACUAAUGAUGCCACAGUCACCGUAUUCCUGAGAUCUGGCCCCCUGUUCUUGUUCCCGAAACUGCAGAGACCCAUGAAAGCACGGCGCUACGCUACGAUUGACGAGAUAAAGACGACAACGAAGGAGGACCUGAACAAGAUAAAAAAAUGAUUAUUUGAAGUACUUCGAAGAUUGGAGAAAACGGUGGCACAAGUGCAUAAUAUCUCAUGGGGAUUACUUUGAAGGAUACAAAACAGAUAUUAAUGAAUAAAUAAAUAAUUUUUGAAAAAACACAAAAUUCGCUAUACUUUUUGAAUACACCUCUCAUAAGCUUAUAAAAAUUCAAUUUAGGCAAAUGUUGCUGUCUGAA